GGACUACAGUAGUUUCCUAUGCCCAUUUUUUUUUCAAAAGAAGAUACUAAUUUGGGGUGUCUGGUUUGAGACACUGUCCUUAGGCCCAGAGCCGGCUCCAGCGUUUUUGCCGCCCCAAGCGGCAAAAAAAAAAAAAAAAAAAGCCACGAUCGGUGGCACUUUGGCGGCAGCUCUACCGCACCGCUUUAUUCUCCGGUGGCAAUUGGGCAGCGGGUCCUCCCCUCUGAAAGGGACUGAGGGACUUGCCGCCGAAGAGCCGGACGAGCCGCCCCUCUCCGUUGGCCGCCCCAAGCACAUGCUUGCUGUGCUGGUUCCUGGAGCCAGCCCUGGUUAGGCCUAAUUUUCAGAAGUACUGAGCACCCACAUCUCCAUCUGAAGUCAGUAGGAGCUGCAGGUACUCAGCAUCUCUGAAAUCAGGGCAGGAAUGUCUCAGACUGAACACCCUGACUACUGAGGCACACACAAUUAGUUCAAUCAAUCUUAAAAUUUGAAUUUCUAAAAUUGAGCUAAAGGUAAAUAAUAAUCCCUCACUCUCUCAUAGUGUUUUUCAUCAGUAGAUCUACAAGCAUUUUACAAAGCUGUUCUGCCUGUGAGGAUCCAAUGACUAGAAAAACACAGAAUCUUCUGAAACCAUUCCCUAUCUCCUUUUUGAACCAUAAGUAUGAGACACCAAGAAGAUCCUGCUAGUGAAGCAAAUGUAUUAUAUACAGGGAAAGGACCUUCAUGUACAGGUAACAAUAUUACAGUCAGCUCUGUGCAUCACAUGAAGGACAAACCUUACCUCACCAAAAGAAGAGGAUGUCCCAGUGAUCCUUGGACUGUGAACCAAGCUACCAGUACUCAUGUGCAAAAACAAACCAUCAGCAAUCAGUUCCACAGCUUGGGUAACAGCAAAUUAAAGUGCAGCGAUGAAUGCUAUGCAGAGACAUCAGUUAUUGCUCAGCCCAUAUUUCUUUUUGAAAAGAAAGAACGACCUUUCAAGAGGCCUGCAGAAGACCUGGUUUGCAAGGCUGAAAAUGAUUUCAUUGGUUGUUCCAGGAAACGGGCAAGGUCUUCAUCUUUUACUUUCCAAACGUCGGACUCGCAGUUCUACAUGGAUACAGCACUGUCUCAGAAAAGAGUGAGAUCAUCUUCCUGUACUAUCCUUCCGACCUUUCCUCCAUCACAGCCAGUAAAGAAUAACGUAUUCAUGACCUCAGCUCUUCUCCAAAGAAACCAUGACAUCACAAGAACAGAAAAAGGACCCUUGUCACAAAUUCAGCAGUGGACUGUCAUAAGACCUGCCAUUUUACAGCCACCACAGUCUCAGAUAUGUGAGGAAAGAAGGCAGAUGUGCACUGAAAAUACACUGGCAUCUUCCAAAACUAAAGAGAAAGCAAAUAUUCAGUUGUCUGAAGAGAGCUCUCAUUGCCCAGCAGAGAACUCAGCAAGUUCUGAGACAACAGUGAGGCCAUCUAUCUCCAUGCACCUUUCUAGCCCUAAAACAAUAGGAAAUCAGACAGUUGAAGAUGUAACUUUUUUAAACAGAAAUUCUACUUUUGUGUUUGGAGAAAACAUGGUUGAGAGAGUUUUGAGUCCUCAGAAAUCUACCAAGCUGCAUAAUGAAACUGAUCUAUGCAAGAAAGAAAUAACAUCCACAGAUGCCAAAACUGUUCAUAUUGGUUAUUCACAUACAAAAACAUUUUUUGUCAAGAAGUCAACACUAAUUGAAUCAGCUGCGGCUUACAUUUCCAAACCAGCACAGAAAUAUUUGUUAGAUAAAGUUGAAGUUAUAACCGGGGAAGAAGCAGAACAUAACGUGUUGCAGAUCAGUUGCAAGCUUUUUGUAUUUAAUAAACUCUCACUAUCCUGGACUGAAAGAGGAAGAGGAUCCCUGAGGCUUAAUGACACUUCAAGCAAUAAACAUGGAACAUUACAGUCAAGGCUAGUUAUGCGAAAUCAAGGCAAUUUGAGACUGAUUCUCAACACCAAACUCUGGACUCAGAUGGCGAUAGAAAGAGCAAAUCGCAAGAGUCUGUGCAUCACUGCGACAGACCUAGAAGACCAUUCUGUUAAAGUAUUUCUAAUACAGGCAAGUUCAAAAGAUACUGAGUACCUGUAUACAGCAAUACAUCACCGUCUUGUUGCACUGCGAAGCUUUGCUGAGCAAGAAUUGGAUGCAAAUCAGGUUGACACAGAGCCAGAAACAGCCUUUCAUUCAUUAAACUGUGAUAGUGAUGAUGAUGAAGAAGAUGAAACAAUAACUCAAGUGAGCAGCAAUGAAUCAGGACACAAUUGUUCCCAUUUAUGGAUUUUUGGAGAGGUGGAAAUCAGUGAUGAGGGAAGGUUCUGGUUCUCCAGCAAGAUCAUUCUAGAUGGAUCCGCAGACAGCCUGUUGUUUGCUCAUGACAGCUACCUAUGAUUACAGCAAUACAGUUGAUAGCUCAUCUUGCUGAAAAUUGUAAACCAUCUCAGCAGUCUUGGAGUAAGGAAAUCCUAUGCAUUCACAUUCUACCAUUUUCAAGCAAAGAUUAACUUUCAGGACAACAUAAGCUUAAUACAGCAGAAAUGGACUUCAGAAGCACUUUAAGGAUUCCAAUGUUAAUUCCUUGCGCUGGAAUAGGAAUGACAGGGUGGCCUCUGGUAUUCAAGAAACAUUACAAAGCCUUCCAAUUUGGAAUUAAUCCUAUAUAGAGACAUUAAUAAUGUGAUGGAUUUUAUAUCUAAUCAAGGUUCAUUCAUCAUAUUGAUGGAGAGAAUCGUUUAACCAUCAGAUAGUGAUAUUUCUAAAAGAAGAUAUAUUUAUUGUUUGUUUCAGUUAUGUAAUGUCUGUCCAUAAAAAGAUGCAUAUUAUGAACACUUUAAACAUCGUCUUAUUGGAAAGAGCCAUUGUAGUUGUUUGCUAACAUUCAAGGUCCUAUGCUGCAGUCCGUAUUCAUGCAGAACUCCUUGUGAAUGAGAGUUUCAUAUGAAUUAAGUCUACAGAAACUAACCUUUAAUUAAACAAGAUCUUUGUUUUGAAAA